GACAACUCGCAUUUGUUUACAUCACGGUAAUGCAGAAUGUAUCAGUAGCUUCCGGAUUGAUCGAAGUACUCAUUUAAAUACCCUGUCAUUGUAAUGGCGGAUUGUGACUAUUUAUAUAAAAUCAUUCUGAUCGGAGACAUCAACGUGGGAAAAACAAGUAUAGUGAGGAGGUUCCGCGAUGGUGCGUUUGAUGACACGUACAGGACAACUAUAGGGGUCGACUUCGCCAUUAGGACACUAGACAUUGACAACAAGCAAGUCAAGCUCCAGAUUUGGGACACUUCCGGCCAGGAAAGGUUUAGAUCGAUCACGACAAGUUACUUCCGAAAUGCCCACGGGAUUGUGCUUGUUUACGACAUCACGAACCGAACGUCCCUGGAGGUAGCUGAACGUUGGCUUAUGGACGUGAAUAGGUUGUGUGGCGAUUCUCCUGUUAACUUACUUGUCGGAAACAAAUCAGACCUAAUUGACAGAAGACAGGUAACGAUACAGGAGGCCAAAACAUUUGCUGCGAACCAUGGAAUGAUAGGACCAAUAGAGACAAGUGCUAAAUCUGCCGCCAAUAUUGACCAAGCGUUUUACAGCUUAGCACAGGAACUCGUUCAGUGCAAUGGGGCAUCUUCCCACCUGACGUAUAACCAGGAGGACAGUAUAUUGUUACACCAGACAUCUCCCCAGCCCGUUACGUGGUGGUCAUGUUGUGGUUACACGUGACAUAUCUGACCCUGGGUCUCGAUGUUAACUUUGGAACAGAUCGUUAUAGAUAUUAAUGUUUUGCCAGAAGGUGCCGAUCAUAUUUCAGACAUACAAAGAUGGUGGUUGAAAGGAACUGCGUAUUACAAAAAUUGAACAUAACAUUAACAAAAUUGAUGUGUAUAGUAUAUCAAUAUGUAUCAAUAAUCUUGCGGUAUCUAAAUGGCAUAUAAUUAGUAUGUAUCCAUUAGGUUGUUUAUGCGUAUAUGAUGGAUCUUGAGAUAUCCCAGUUUUACGACGGAUAUUAACGAAAACAGUGAAAUAUUUGCAUCACAGCAUACCUAUAUGUCAUUCUGUGACCAUCAUGUUCUGAUGUCGUAGUUUUCCUGUGACGUAGUACAUGUAUAUAUCAAUUGUCCCUUUUUUAACAACAAUAACAUCUGUGUAUGAUAUUGGUCCUGAUCGUCCGUGACGACGUCCGGAUUCUUCCGACGCCUUUGUAGCAUACAAUGUCCAGAUAAAGUGUUACACAGAUCUUGUAUCAAACAGUCUUGGUAGCUGCUAUGGUGCAUGUGCUGUAAAAUUAAAAUGAAGUACAAACCCGUACACGUUAGCUGUUCCACUUUUAGCCUAUGGUCUGCGUAGCAUUUCGUUGCGUGUCACUUGCGUAGCAAUUCCAUAGCAUUUCCGUAGCGUUUCCGUAGCAUAUGUGUGUACAAUGUUCCAUUCAAAAAGUGUUUGUGAAACGCUCGGUUGUAAAGUUUAUGGAAGAUUUAUUUGUCGAAACGAAUUGUUGAUCAUUAUAAAGCGCAUUACGUGACAAUUAUUCCAAUCAUCAUAAAAGUCUGAAGACGAAAACAAAAAUGCCAAUUUGUAAAUAUGUUAUUGUGAAUUUACAUGUACAUGAACAUACACAACUCUCCUCCCACGGGCCUACUGUGUGUUCCCCAUACCAGGUUAUAUAAAUAGCAGACAAACAGCUGGCCAUGUGGUAAUGACCUUACCCUGGUUAGGGUAAAAUAACUGAAGGUGUUACACGAAUAAAGUCUCAGUGGCCGUUAUAAAAGUUGUUAAGGCAACAUGACCACCCGCUGACAUAUUUUCUCUAUUCCUUAAUUAUAGAUACUCAUAAACUUGAAAUUUGAGGAAAAUGACAUUUACUCCCCUUCACAUAAAUAACGUUAUCAUGCGGAACUAGAGAAACUGUGAACAGCUUCACAUAAAUAUAAGUAUAAAAUAUGUAUAACAAAAUACUGUUUAUCUAUAAAUGAAAUUAAAUGAGUAGGUCUAUAAAACCUGGUAUUAUAAAUGUUAUACCUCCAAUGUAUGUGCAGUAUUUGAAUGUGGUUAUGAUUUAACAAGUUAUCGGCGUCCAAAUUCCUACGAACAAACUGGAUAUGUAUGGAAAAGUUUACGACGAUAGAAACAAAAUGUCAUAGAGGUACUACAUCCGUAACACAGAAGUCUGAAAUUCUAUAUAUUUGUUUCUAUUAUUAGGCCUUUAAGUUAUUAUGUUUCUUGUUAAGAAAACCUUACCAGUAUACUUAAUGUCAAUAUUGAUUAGUCAUUCAUUUGGUUAGCAGGUGGAAAUACUUCUGACCAUAACUUAUUAUUUUAUGUGUCGCGUUAAUUUGAUAGCGUCCGUCAAGUCUUUUGUCAUGAAAAUAUUACCAAUAUAUGAUUGACCUUUAUCUUUGUAAAUCACGAGACAUUUCUGUUUGUAUGGCAGUCAUUCCAUUAUCCAAACAAAAUGGCAAGAUUUAAUACAUUAGUAUGGGCCUCCUAGUAGCUUACAUUUCACUGACGUUUCUUCCAAGUCAUUGUGGGUAUAUUCGUUUCGUUUUAGAUGUUUUUUAUGCUUCCGCUUUUUAUGUUAACCCGUUCUUGUCACCACAAACGAAUGGACCGUGUGUACAUGUGUAGCACUUGCGUACCGUUUGCGUAGUACUUGUGUAGCAUUUCCGUAGCGUUUGCGUCCAAGGUGGAACAGCGAACGUGUACGGGUCUAUAGCAAUAUUGGAAAAACAGGCGCCGUGAUAAUCACUGUCUUACUGCAGAACAAUAUGUCCCCAGUGCACUUAAGUACCUGUGCAGUUUUUACUUUGGCGGAAUAGAAACAAUACAAAAUGUAUUAAGCACCUGAUAAGAUAGCUCUGACAAAAUACACAUAUCGUAUUUAUUGUAUUGGUUUAUUAAAUUAGCAGUGUGUUCUCAAAAACCGGUUAAUAAAACAUUGCUUAACAUAUUGCAGGUAGUUUCAGCUGUAUUUAUUUAGUUAAAUUGGAACAUGUACAAUUGUUUAGGGCAUGUCCUGUGUAAAAACACAGUCACUAUCUACACAGUCUUGCUAAUAUAAAAUGCAUGGUUAAUAGGAUGAACAUUGAGUGAUAAGAUCAUAUGUAGCGAAAGAGGAAAGGAUAACUCUCCCUAUUAAGGAUAGACUACCCGUACUUCUUUCUGUAUUAGCCCACCACAACCUCACUUGAUUGAAAUCAUUCCAUAAAGGUCUUUGGAAAUUUAUAUAUAUAUAUACAUUUCUCUUAUUUUUCACUUUCUGGUUAGCUAUUUUGUGUAGGUAGGUGCUUCUCUGUUGUUUUAUUAUCCAUGUACGGUAGUAAAAUAGCACAUGAAGCGUUGUUUAAGCUUCUGAUAAUUAAGACUGUUCACCAACAGGUGUAAAUACCUAUUGUUGUUGUUCUGUUUCUUCUUCUUCUUAUUUUUCCUAUUUUUAAAAGUGUUUUACCUGUUUUGAAAUUCUUUUUGUAGUCGAUAGUAAAUGGCCAUCGAAUCAAUUUGAUAUAUUUAUUGUUUCUGAAACAUUUCCCGUUAACGUCAUAUGACGUGUUCAUUAUUGCCUGAACUUUUUGAAAAUCCGUCAAUAUUUUUACAAACUUCAACGAUCCUUCUUCUUCAAUUCUGCCAUUGCAAUAUUAACCACAAUUGGUACAUGUAUUCCUCUGGGGGCCCUUACGAACUUUGGAUAUAGUUUAGAGUUAUGCAAGGGCAAACUUUUUCUUUCAUAUUGUUGUAGCAAAAAAUGUCAACAUCUGGUUUUCGGUAAGGGUCAAAGUUCAAAUGCACUAUAUUGAGUAACAAAUUUUUAAAAACUUCUUGAGUUCCACGAGAUCUAGAGUCUUGAUAUUUAAUAUGUAAGAUGCUGAGAUUAUCAGCUAUUGGUUUUGAACUAAUGGUUGAACUUAAUCAACUAUCAAAGUCACAAAGGUCGAUAGAUUCACUUUAUAUUCAGGUAUGAUGUGGACAACACCAAUGCGCAUAUUUUUGGCAGAAAAGAUUUUGAGUUGACCAGGUCAAGUUUUGAGUUAUUAAGGGGUCAAAUUGUACUAUUUCAAGGUAACGACUUCAAAAAACUUCUUCUAAAGUUCUACAAGGUUAAGAGUCCUAGUAUUUGAAACGUAACAUGGUCAGGUAAUUGGCUAUCGAGUUUAUAAAAAUGAUUAACCUUGACUUUCAAGGUCACAGAGGUCAUAUAUGUAAAAAUAUUGAAACCAUCUUGUCUGAAUAACCAAUAAUCCCACGGUAACGAUGUUUGGCAAGAAGCAUGCUUGAAUGAUAGGCUUAAAAGUGUGUGCAAAUAAACACCGUUUUCAUUUU